CGCGCUCCCCUCGCGCCGCCGUUACGCACCCCGAUCCGGCUGCUCACGACACGGCCGGAGUUCGACAUCGGGAUUCCGCCUCUUCUAGCGGCCGUUGCAAGGUGGACUCCGAGAGACGGUUUCGUUGGUUUCUAGCUUUCGGUUCCCGAGGCGCCUCUGCCGGCGAUGUCGGAAGGCGGCCGCGGCGGCGCGCGGGAGAAGCUCCGGGAGGCGGCCUGCAACGCCGUCGCCGGCGGCUCGGCAGGGGUGAUCUCGGCGACGGUACUUUGCCCGCUGGACGUGAUCAAGACGCGGCUGCAGGUGUACGGUCUCCCUUCCAACUUCUCCUCAGGUGCUGCGCCGCCUGGUAGGGUGAUUAUUUCUGGUUUUCAGCAGAUAUUGAAAAAUGAAGGCUUGCCUGGAUUGUAUCGUGGUCUUUCACCAACAAUUGUAGCACUGUUUCCGACUUGGGCUGUAACCUUUUCGGUUUACAAUCAUGUUAAGGGACUUCUUCACUCGGAAGAUGGUAAUAACAGUGAGCUAUCUGUCCAAGCGAAUGUUCUUGCUGCUUCAUGUGCUGGAAUUGCAACAGCUACUGCAACAAAUCCACUAUGGGUUGUGAAGACUAGGCUACAAACACAAGGGAUGAGACCUGGAGUAGUGCCUUACCAAAGCAUCUUAUCUGCUUUGCAGCGGAUUGCAAAAGAAGAAGGAAUCCGUGGAUUGUACAGUGGUCUCCUGCCUUCUCUAGUUGGGGUUGCUCAUGUAGCCAUCCAGCUCCCAGUCUAUGAAAAGGUGAAACUAUACUUUGCUAAAAGAGACAAUACUACAGUUGAUAAACUCAGCCCUACACAAGUAGCUAUGUGUUCAUCAGGAUCCAAAGUAGCAGCCUCAAUAAUUACAUACCCACACGAGGUUGUACGAUCCAAAUUGCAAGAACAAGGCCGUAAUGAUCAUGGUGCCAUGCGGUAUAGUGGUGUAACUGACUGUAUCAAGCAAGUGUACAAGAAGGAGGGUUUCCCUGGCUUCUACCGAGGCUGUGCUACCAACUUGCUGAGAACCACCCCAAAUGCUGUCAUUACUUUUACCAGCUAUGAGAUGAUCAAUCGACUCAUGCACCAGCUUUUGGUCCCGUAAUCAAACACUUGAAGCCAGCAAAGUUCCAUUGAGAUUGAAAUUCUGGCCGAGAUGACCUCCAAUCUAGCUGCGGGUGUAAUGGUUGGUUAACAUGGUUGCAUUGCCAUUCUCCCAUACUGACGAAGUGGUGGCUGUUAAACACAGAUUUUGGUGAGAGAACCGAAAUAUUAUGACGUUAUACAACUUCUAUUAUGCGUGUUUUCCAAACUGUUGUUAGGAAGGAGUCAAUCCUUGUCUGCAAAAGAUGCCAAUCUGCUAAUUGCCGAUUUUUUUUACUGAUUUUAAGUUUGAAAGGAAUGUGACAGGUUUAUUACAGUUGAUCAUAUAUCGCAUAUACUCCCUCCAUUCCAAAUUGUGGAUCAUUUUGACAUUUUUAGGUUCAUAGAUAUUAUUAUGCACUCAAACAAUCAAAUUAUGGUACAGUGUACUAUUUGAACGUAUACAA